AAAAAAAAAAAAAAAAAAAGACCUCACAAGCCCUUGACGAGCCCCAAAGACGUGCCCUGGGUGACAAAAAAAGAAACCAAAUGGCUUCGUACAGCAAAGGCCAGAUCGAACAGUACCUGGACCACAUCGGCUUCCGGAAUGCAGACGCAGGGACUCUGCCGCCGCCAACCCUGGCCACGCUCACCGAGGUCCAGGCCCGCCACCUCGCGCGCGUCCCCUUUGAGAACAUUUCGCUGCGGUACAGCGCCAAGACGCCGCCGCUGUCGCUCGACGAGCAGGACCUGUUCGACAAGAUUGUGGUUGGCGGGCGCGGCGGCUACUGCAUGGAGGUCAACGCCUUCCUGUCGGCCGUGAUGCGCGGGCUGGGUUUCGACGUGCUCAACGUCGGCGGGCGGAUCAAAAAGUCGGACGACUCGGGGAGGUUUUCGGGAUUGAGUCACAUGCUCAACAUCGUCACCAUCGACGGCCAACGAUACCAAGUCGACGUCGGCUUCGGCAAAGGCGGCCCGCCGAUGCCCAUCCCACUCCCUCGCAAGGACGACGGCGGCCGGCACGACUUUGUGCGCAUCCCGCCGUCGUCAAUGGGCCGCGUCGAGUGGCGCAGCAUACCGCGGCAGCACCUGCACGCGGACCAGCGCGUGUGGGUGUACUCGACGCGCGAGGACGGGGAGGAGGAGGGCUGGAAGGAGCGGUACAGCUUCGUGGACGCCGAGUUCUUCCCCGAGGACUACGAGGUGCUCAACUUCCACACCAUGACGCACCCGGACAGCUUCUUUCUCAACAACGUCAUGGCGGUGCGGACGGUGCCCGAGGGUGAGGUCGACGGCGAGGUCGUGCUGCCGUGCCGCGGCGGCUGUGCGGCGAGGGGCACGUGGGUGCUGUUCAACGACGAGAUCAAGAGGACGGUCGCUGGCAGGGAGGAGGUCGUGGAGAGGCUGCAGAGCGAGGAGGAGCGCAUCAGGGGGCUGGAGAGGUAUUUCGGCAUCAAAGUCUCGCCGGAGCAGGCUGCUGUUAUCAAAGAUCCUCUAGGCGGCGGCAGCUGAUGGGCAGGCAAGAGAAAAUCUCUAUGCAAAAAGGAAUGUCCAAAAGUUCGUCUUUUUUUCCCUUUAUCGUAACUUGAUAAUGUAAGACAGUACAACUCGCUGGUAAACUAGAUUCACACGACAUGAUAUCCUCUGAC